AUGAAUUUUUUUACUUACAUAAUUUGGUUGUUCUGGUCUUUAUGCUUAACCUAUAUUGAUAUUCAUCUUGGUUCCACGCUUUCACGUCGGCUCGUCAUUGUGAUUUCGGAGCUAAAUAUCAGUGCGUUAGUCGCAGCCCGGCUCUGGGUUGACUCCCCGGGCCCUUGCCAGCAAGUGGCGCAUGUGCCCAACGGCUUUGCUUCCGUGCCGCCAGGUCCGUUCCUUGCCGUGAAGCCUGUCAGGCGCUUCUCGCCUGGUUUGGCCGAGUUUAGUCGGACUGUAGUGCGGCUUGGCUUUCGCCGUAUUUCUAAAGUUAUUCCCAACUUAUACCUAAUGGGGGUGUGGCGGGCCGACCUCGUUUUGUUGCAGCGCCUAUCUCUCGGUUCUACUAUUUCUCUUUUUACGGAUAAUCGAUGUUCAUUUGGAUAUCUUAUGGUUGCUCUCGUUUAG